GCUCUGUCAUUUCUCUCUCGCUGAAAGGCGCUAUAUAAAAUCAAAAUUGAUUGAUUUAAAAAAAUAGCGCGCUUCUUUUCGCGACAGUACGGUAUCGUGACGUCGCAGAUUUACAGGUGUGCGCUUUUGCAGCCUAAUAGAAAAACCACAUCGACUUUCGAUUCCUGAAAACCAGCGCCGCAAAUCACUCUCAGUCUAACUGAAGAUCAACGCAUCGCAGCGCUACAAACAGUCCUGUAAUAAUAAUAAUAAUAAUAAUAAUAAUAAUAAUAAUCAUCAUCAUCAUCAUCCUCCUUCUGUUUACAGGGCGGUUUGUGAUACCUUUACCCGAAUAAUCUCGUUCUUUGCAAAGUUUGCAACAAAUUAAUAUUCCAGUUAUUAUUAAUAUUAUUCUGAGUAGUAAUUAUAUUCUCCACAAUGGCGGUCGACGGUUGCGGGCAGUGCUGCAAAAUUUUGUUGGUGAUUUUCAACAUCAUCUUCGCGGUGGUUGGUUUCGCGAUGCUGGGGCUCGGCUUGUGGUUGAGGUUCAGCUCACAAACCCGCGGGUUUUUCGAUAUCGAUCUCAACACUCAGUCGUUCAUUAUCGGUGUGGUUGUGUUGAUUGCUGUUGGUGCUCUGAUGUUACUGGUGGCUAUACUGGGACACUGUGGACUGUGCAACGAGUCCAGAUCCACACUGGGAGUG